GAGCACAUCGAUCUGGGGAUCAAAUAUGACCCUAGCAUUGGUAUCUAUGGCCUGGACUUCUAUGUGGUGCUGGGUAGGCCAGGUUUCAGCAUCGCAGACAAGAAGCACAGGAUAGGCUGCACUGGGGCCAAACACAGAAUCAGCAAAGAGGAGGCCAUGCGCUGGUUCCAGCAGAAGUAUGAUGGGAUCAUCCUUCCUGGCAAAUAAAUUCCCAUUUCUAUCCAAAAGGCCAAUAAAAACUUUUCAGUGAAAUGU